UUUAAUGCCGGUAUACUUUAAAAAAACCUUACAAAGCACCUUCUAUAUAAUUUCCUCUCUUAUCUUCCUCUCACUGUAAUUAUAUCAUGGAAGAUAUAACAAGGCCAAAGUACUCAUGUAACCCUACUUCAGCUCCUACUUCAAAGCUAACCAUGCACAAAGAUUCACAUGUAAUAUCCAAACUCAAGCCUAAGGUCCGCAUAAUUCAUAUAUUUGCACCAGAAAUCAUCAAGACUGAUGUUGAAAAUUUCAGAGAGCUUGUUCAAAGGCUCACUGGCAAGCCCGGUGAUAAUCGAGAUCAUGAAAGCAGUAACAAAGGCAGCAGUGGCAUGAAGAAGAACAAGAAAACAAGAAGCUCUUCAAUCUGCAAUAAGCUGAUGAAGAAGAAGAAGAGUACUAGUUUCUCCAUGCAAUUGGAAGAUUAUGGGAUAUCUAGUUUGAUUCAAGAAGAUAAAGUUAAAAUGGAGGAAGAAAAUGAGAUAUGGGGAAGUAAUGGUGAGAAUUCAAAUGAAUUCUUUGAUGGGUUUUCAGAUUUUAAUGGUUUUAUACAUGGUUUGAGUGACAAUGUUUCAUUAGCAACCCCACUGUCUUCUCACCUGUAAUUGCUUGGAGACAUGCACUUAGCUUGACAACAUAAAAUUAAGCUUGAAUUGGUUAUAAUUAGUUAAGGUAGCUUUCUAGGGUUUGUUUCUUGAUUUAUAUUUUGUGUUUUGACUUUGUUUUACAGCAGUAUAUGAGAGAAUAUGGCUUCUUUUCUUAA